AUGUCCUUACUUCGUAACCUCAAUGCUAUGGACAUAUUCGACGCACCCUCGUCUGUAUCCUGCGAUGGCUCAGGCAACUCAGACACUGAAGAGGUUGAAGAAAGCUCUAUACAAGGCGAUGGUCUAAAUAUAGCAAAAGCCCCUACUCCAUUUGAUCCAGCUACUGAUCCAGCCUAUUCACUUAUCAACGGGAAAUACGUUAGAAUUGGGCCACGCAACGUCGAGUUCCCUGAUCGUGAAGGGCCCAACCCACGCCGUUCUAAUAGUAAAUCUCCACACCCACGUUACCCAACCCCAAAUGGGACACCUGUCUAUGAAAAUAAUGCUGUCCCUACCAGCCACGCGAACGGAACAGAAGAAGAGGCUGCACGAUUCAACGCACAGAAUGAAGACAUGCUGAAAAACAACUUUAUCGAUCCAUCUCUCAUUACCACCCCGACGGAUUUAUUCAUGAAUUCACCAUUGAUCACAUCGGCAAACGAUCCCACUCAAAUUAGCACCCCAGCCGCAACACUACCCAGCUCUCCUGUCCCAGGGCCUGGGGGUUUGAAACCAAAAGCACCUGCGAAGGGAAAACGUGGCGCUGGCUCUAAAAAACAGGCACCGACACGUCCUGCUCGUACAGCCAAGGCCAAAACGGGAGGAAAGAAAGCUGGGGGCACAGGAUCGGGAACGGGCUCUGGUAUGGGUAAAGGAAAAGGAAAAGGGACUGGUGGGAAAGGGAGAGGGGAAACGAUUUAA